GAGUAGAAGUAGACUUGUAAGGUACCAGCAGAGGGACUUCUCCAUCAUUGCUUGUACAUGUACCUCGCAGCGUCCUCUCAAACAGCGAGAUCGUUAAAUGAACAAACGAACAACCAUCCCAGUCCCGUGCCGAUUUCACUCCGCCCGCAACGGGAGCUCACGUUCAAACGUGACUUCCUCGUGUCCCAGAAGUGGCUACCUAGGCAACUCACCUACCCAACCAACAUAACAUUGCCAUUCCCAAGAACUUUACAACAAGCAUUCACCCUUGUCUGAUC